UAAACAAUAGCCAAUUGGUAGGUAUUAGGCAAGUAUUAGGUCUAUCUGAUAUUUAGAUAGGCCCAAAAUACAAUUAUUAAGCUAAAAUAAAUCAUAAUACAAAAACAGUACAGUAUUGUGAAAACUACAUGAAUAAUGAAUGUGUUUGAUAUUCACUGCAUUGUAGUACAACUUUGAAUAUUUGUGAAGAGCAAGUUAACCUAUGUAUGAUUAAGUGUUAUUGAUAGCAAUUAGCAACAGGAUUCUUCAGAAUGCAACAUAUUAUUCAAGCAAACCCAAUUAUGGAGAGACUUAAACACUUUCAACAAGUGUUUUCGUUCAGAUAUCAACUUACUACAUCGCAAAAGGUUAUUCUAUGGAGUAUUGGAGUUCUUGGUACCAGUACUAUUGUUGUUGGAGUGUUGUCACGGUACUUAGCAAGGAGACGUGCUAAACCUAUCUUGAACCAGAGAAUACAAAGAGCUAUAAAUAAAAGAAUUUCCAGAAUGAGAAGUCCCAAUGGAGGUAUGGGAUCGGUUGUGAGCAGUGGUGGAAGAAGCAGCCCCUUGGGCUUCAAUGAAAGACUUUCUGUGGCGUCGGGAUCUAAUGGGUCUGCUGCUGGUGAUGCUUCUCCUCUCUCACCACAACAACUUGGUGUUAUGGGGAUGGAGGCGUUAGAAACCAGUAUAAACUACUGGGAGGACGCUCUGGCAGCGUUCACGGUGAACGCGCGUGGAGGGGGCGCCGGUACUUUGGCCCUCACCUCGCCCGAGGAGGCUGAGUUCUGUCGUGAGAUACAGGACCUGUUGCAGAACGCAUACCUCCUGCAGGAGCGGUGUGAGCUGCUGUUCCUCGACCAGCGCUCGGUGCUGUUCCGGUCGGAGAGUGGCGCCCCCGAGGGCUCGCUGGGCCGCGCCCGGCUCCUGUCUCACAGCACGCACCGCACCGCCUCCGACCACACCAGGAAGGAGCACCACUCUAGUGCCGAGUCCUUCGCUUCUGCCGAAGACCAGGUUGCUGAUCUAAGAGAUUUCGAUGACCUCACGGAAUUACUCCCCGAAAUUGAUAACUUGGAGUUAUAUCAGAUGGCGCUGAAACAAUUGGAUUCCGGGAUUCCAUACAGGACUCUUCGAACAGAUAUCUUGCAUUGUAGCUCGGAUUCAGAGUUCCUCUGCAAGUUGCAUUGCUUGCGACUGGCGUUCAGGGAGGUGUUCCGGGAGGCGGGCGCCUGGGCCUGGUUCAUAGACGCGGGCCGGCAGGUGCUCACCGACCUGCUGCUGUACGCUGACAAGGAGCCGAAAGAGUUUUUGGUAGCUUAUGAAGAAAUGGUGACUUGGACUACCGAUGCAGCAAAUUGGACCAUCAUUGAAAAUGAACUUACAAGCAAAGGUGUUAAGGUGUUGACAUUUUAUGAUGUGGUAUUGGACUUCAUCCUGCUGGAUGCGUUUGAGGACCUGGCAUCUCCGCCGGCGUCUGUCUUGGCCGUCGUACGGAACCGGUGGCUCUCCGAUGGAUUCAAAGAGACGGCCUUGACGACUGCCGUGUGGUCGGUGAUAAAGGCAAAGCGACGAUAUUUGCAAUAUCCGGACGGUUUUAUGGCGCAUUUCUACUCUAUCUCCGAGCACCUGCUGCCAGUGCUGGUGUGGGGCUUCCUCGGGCCGCACGAGCGCCUACGGGAGGUUUCCGAAGCCUUCCAGUCAGAAGUGGUGGGCUUCAUUAAAGACCUGUUUAGCUUUGAGAAGUCUCGGUACACGAGCAUCGAGGACCUGGCUGCGGACGUCAUGCAGCACGCCCGUAUCCGCGCUGCCAAUAUCACCGACAAAUUGUCCGACCGCAGCUAAUGACGUACUGGUACCUACAGACACCGCGCGAGUUGAAUGCAGAGUUCAGGAAUGCGAUAGUGAUGUGACCUAUUUAUAAUUGAUGACCAUAAUUAUGAGUGUGCCGUUUUUAAACAUUGCUUUAAGUUUACUAUUUUAACCUAAUAAUCAAAACUCAAUUUUUUGUUCUGCCUUUCAACACACAUGUCUAAAACAUUUUUCUAUCAGUCAUUAUUAAAAUCAAGGGAUCCCAACUUUAUUAUUAACGCGAUAACACGAUAAGGGACGACUACUGCACAGCACUACACGACAGGCGCACGAGGGAGGCGUGCAGACAGCGGGGGAGACGAUCCCGCUGUGUACCUCAGGCCCCGACUGCAUUCAACUCGCGCGCUAUCUGCACGUUAAUGGUCUAGGCACGAGAGCUUAAACAGUAGCGGCAAGACUCGAAAAAAGAAAUGUAACAAGGUUAAUUAAUCAUAAUCAUCAACCCAACAUCUUGGCUUGAUAAAAAAAGCAUUGCGAUUUACAAACGCCGAUACAUUAUGUAGAAAUAAAUCUUCGAGUCGAUUUGUUUUAUUCCAACGCUUAUUUAAACGGACUUACGGUUAAACCGUUCAAAGUCGUGUGUGUUUUAUUACGUAUUAAGAAGAAUUGUAAAUCAGUAUCAGUAAUAGAUUCAACUUAACCGAAAAUAAUUGCUUAUUAAGUCAUAAUAGGGAGUAAAAUGUUGCGGUUAGAUAUUAGUUAAAAUAUGAUCCAUGAGCUAAGAGCGGUAUAAGACAACUCACUAUGAUUACUUUAGUUUUUAAGUAGAUAUCUACUAAUUAAUAUCGUAAAAAAGUAUAGUUUUAGUAUCCUUAACCACAUCUCCCCACAUUGUAUUAAAUGUGCAAUCAACUGGAAGUUUUAUUGAAAUUUACUUUGACUUCUUAAACAUAGUGUUUUAAUUUUAAUAUGUUUUCAAAUCAUUAUAUAGAUUUAUCGUUAUUAACAUUUUGAUUUAGUCUCUGCUCUUUUAAUGUGUGAUUGCAAUGCUUGUCUCUUGUAAAAUGGGUCCUGGAUCCACGCAUGGUUCUUGAUUAUUUAGAGCAUGAAACAGCUUAGUAGGUGUGUAUUAUAUUUUAGACAAUUCAAAAGGCAAAUUGUUACUUUCCCCAAAAGUAACAAAAGGAAUCCUACAUGCCCUUUCCAUUUGUAAAAUUGAUAAAAACAAUUUUAAAAAACUAAACCUUAUUGUAUUCAAAUAAAUAAUAUGCUGGAACAACAAUUAUGUUGUUUCAGUCAAUUUUUGAGCAAUUGAUGUAUGAAAGUGAUGAUCAAUUUCGACGCCCCUCAAACUACUUUGGCUUAUGUGGAUGGUGGGUAAUACGCGUACCUACACAUUUUCCUGUAACGGAUUACGCUUUAUAAGGUCGGCAACGCUCUUGUGAUUCCUCUAGUGUUACAAGAGUUACGGUGUUAAAUAAAGUUAAAAAUAAAAUAAAAUCAUACAUGCAAGAAGUCACUGUUGGAAAAUUAAAACCUUAAGCUUUCUGAUUGGCUUACAUAUUAAGACAGUUGUGUUUAUUUAGUUGAAUGCCAAUUGAGCCGUGCAAUAUAGACAAGCAUUGAGUAAAGAACAGCUAACAGAUAAUAAUAACAACAUAAAUAAUAGUUAUACAGUAGGUAAUAUAUCAUUAUUCAGUAAUGAAAUGUUAAAAAUAUAUACCUAAUAAUCGUAAGAACAUUAAGUUAUAUGACGUUUUUAAACAAUCAAUCACUUGAUUUUGCAUUAACUGACAAUAAUCGACAUUCCUUUAAUUUUUAUCUAUAAAUGGUUUUAAUGAAGACUAGUAACGAGUAAUUGAUUUUUCAUUAUAUUUGACAAUUUAUCUUUAUUUAUAAAACUGUAUGAAUAUCAAUUUACUGGUAAGUUUUAAAAUAUUUUGGCAGCAAAUGAAAAAACAAACAAAAACUUAAUUAAAAGCAUCAAUCAGUUGCAAGCAACACAUUCUUAUUAGUAGUAAUGCUAAUACUUGCGUCAACAAGGAAACUUCUUACACCUCACACAGAGCAAGAUUAUGGCAAAUUUUGUAAAGGCUAGUACUAGUGAAAAAAUCUGUCAAUUGGUAAAUACUAUUAAUACCCAGGUCACUGUUAAAAUACUUGUUCUAAAAAUUAGUUACAUUCUUUUAAGAUGCAUGGAGGCCAUUUAUGAAAUCACAGCGGGAAUACUAAUAUGAACUGUGUCAAAACUAUCUUAGGCUUAGCUAGAACGCUUUGUGAGAUACUGUCUGCUAACAGACAGACUGACGGACGUAUAGCAAUCUUGCCUUUUUUGAGAUUAGGUAUGUUAGGUUUUUUAGAUGAUGAUAGCGUAAAAAAAUCCAAUACCUAAGUUUAGUAUUGUAUACAGCGUGAAGCUCCAAUCGCGACAUUAAUAUAAUAAAUACUAGGGUACUGCUAACUAACCGUUGUCAUAAAAAAUAAAUCUUAAAAUUAGACUAAAUAAUUGGAGUGUUGAAAUCAUAAACAAAUUACAUAUUUAUUUUAGAAACAAAAUCUAAAUAACCUUUUUAAAAUUUAAUGCGUUAUUUUAGCACAACGCUGUAUACAAAUAUGUAUGAUAACUUCAUAGUAGUCUAUGUGAAAUCAAUUCUUCUGUCCGUAUAUCAAUUAGGUGUACCUACGCGUGUAUCACAAUUAUUGUAAUCAAUGCAUACUUAUCGUGAUUAUUUAUAAGCUUCCUAUAUUAUAUUUACAUAGCGUUGUACAGUCUCAUGUUAGUGCAGAAUAAAUUAUAUUCAAAUCUGUU